ACAGACUACCAGCCAGUAGACUGGAAAUCUCUCAAUAAGAAGAUGCUCAAGCCCAAAUACAUCCCUGUGUGGAUCCUGACACUCGCUUUUGUCGUUUUGACGAUCCUCCUGAUCGUGUACCAUGAUCAAGCAGUCGAGAAAUUGCGGCCGUGGGCUGAGAAGUUUCGGGACUUGCCAGCCGGCUGGCUCAUCCCUAUUGCCAUUCUCUUUGUCAUUUCAUUCCCGCCACUUUUCGGGCACGAGAUUGUCGCGCUGUUGUGUGGCGUUGUCUGGGGCCUCUGGAUUGGUUUCGGAAUCGUGGCCGCCGGCACCUUUGCGGGAGAGAUCGGAACGUGGUUUACCUUCCAAAAGCUCCUUUGGAAGCACUGCCGCAAGCUCGAGCGGACCAACAUCAACUAUGGGGCUCUGACACGCUUGGCCCGUGAGAGUCGCUUCUGGUUCAUCUUCGUCGUGCGAUUCUCGGCGAUCCCGCAACACUUUUCGACCGCCGUGUUCGCCAACUGCGACAUCAACUUCUGGAUCUUUGCGCUGGCGACAUUUCUCACCUUGCCCAAACAGCUUGUUCUCGUAUAUUUUGGCACGCUCAUUGUCAACCCGAGUGACACCAAGAACACCGAGUUCUGGAUCAAGACAUGCGUCACCGUCGGCACCGUCCUCAUCACCAUCGUCAUGGGCGUCUGGGUGUAUCGCAAGAUGAGUGUCGUCAAGAAGCAGCUCAUGCGAGAGCAAGAGGAGAGGCGGGCUCGCAAG